AGGCUUCCAACUCCAGUGAAGCAUCUUCCCAGAAUCCACAGCUAAGCCUGGGUAGGACUCUGCAGCAAUGCUCCCUUCUUUGAUCCAACCCUGCUCGUGGACUCUCCUGAUGCUGUUGAUGUCAAACCUCUUCCUGUGGGAGAAGGUAUCCUCUGCACCCAUAAAUGCCAGUGAGGAUGUUCUCAGUGACCUGAAGGACUUGUUUGAUAAUGCCACUUUACUUUCUGGAAAGAUGUCUAAGCUUGGUGUAAACAUGCGCAAAGAAUUUUUCAUGAACUCGUUCUCUUCAGACAAGUUCAAUGAGAUUAUAUUAGAUUUGCACAAGAAUAAGGAGAAAUUAACCAAGGCUUUCAACAGCUGCCACACUGUUCCCAUCAAUGUUCCUGAAACAAUCGAGGAUAUCCGAAAGACAUCGUUUGAAGACUUCUUGAAAAUGGUGCUCCAUAUGUUGCUGGCCUGGAAAGACCCUCUGAAACAUCUUGUGACAGAACUCAGUGCUUUGCCAGAAUGCCCUUAUAGUAUCCUAUCAAAGGCCAAAGCCAUUGAGGCUAAAAACAAAGACCUUCUAGAGUAUAUCAUAAGAAUAAUAUCCUUGGUUAAUCCUGCAAUCAAAGAAAAUGAAGACUUCCCGACCUGGUCAGAUUUGGAUUCCCUGAAGGCAGCUGAUAAAGAAACUCAAAUUUUUGCUCUUUAUAUGUUUUCCUUCUGCCUGCGUAUUGACCUAGAAACACUUGAUUUUCUAGUAAAUUUCCUAAAAUGUCUGCUUCUUUAUGAUGAUGUCUGCUACUCAGAAUUUUGAGAUAUUACAUUAUCCAUCUUUUAGAAUCUUCUUCUAAUUUUUGCCUUUCAAAUAUAUGAUUAAAUCUAAUGUAAAUCUAUUAGUAAAAAGCGACAACAGGUAUGUCUAGUUGUUAAGAAGGUUUUUAAUUUCAGUGGUGGAAUAUGUAUUAAUAAAGUGGUAUAAACACCAAAGAACUCUCCUUCUCACCUC